GGAGACACACGGAAACCAUGAACAGCCUCAGUCGGCUGCUCAAGCACCAAUGUCUAUUGAUGUUGAGAAGCAUGCCUCAACACAUCAAGAAUAUUCGUCGGACGUCUUCGAGAAGAGACCCAACGCCGACUAUUCGGGAGCUACUGCCAAGACCGACCCCGAGGAGAUCAAAUUGGUAAAGAAACUCGAUCUCUGGAUCAUGCCUACCUUGUGGUUGAUGUACUGGCUCAACUACCUCGACAGAAAUGCCAUUACUCUAGGCCGAUUGAACGGGCUUGAAGAAGAUCUCGGUCUUGAAGGGUCUCAGUACAACACUGCCGUGUCUAUCCUCUUCGUGGGAUACACGCUAGGUCAGAUCCCCAGCAACAUGAUCAUCACUCGUGUCCGGCCCUCUUGGUAUAUGGGCGGGUUUAUGAUGGCGUGGGCAAUCGUCAGCGGCCUCACAGCCGUGGUCAACAAUUACGUUGGGAUUGUCCUGGUUCGCUUCUUCCUCGGUAUCGUCGAGGCUCCGUACUACCCCGGCGCUCUCUACAUGCUCUCGACCUUUUACACCAGAAAGGAACUCGCAACCAGAAUCAGCAUCCUCUACUCUGGAAACAUCCUUGCUUCCGCAUUCGCCGGGCUGAUUGCGGCUGGAGUCUUUGAAGGACUCGACGGUGCCUCGGGCAUCAAGGGCUGGAGAUGGCUGUUUAUUCUCCAGGGCGCAGUCACUUUGGUCCUUGCCGUCGUGGCCUGUUACACCCUACCCGAUGAGCCACUCACCACCAGAUGGCUAACCCCAGAAGAGCGUCAGCUGGCCCAUGACAGAGUCGCGCGCGAUACUGUAGGCCAGAGGUUCGACGGAAGCACAUGGGGCGGCCUCAGGGAGGCCAUCGUCGACCCCAAGGUCUGGCUGUUCGUAUUCCUCCAGCACAUGCACCUCGCGACGAACGGCUUCAAGAACUUCUUCCCGACCAUUGUCAAAACUCUGGGCUUCGACACCACCAUCACACUGGUGCUUACCUGCCCCCCGUAUCUCAUCGCCGGCAUCAUCUCCAUUUUCUGGGCGCGGUCCUCUGGGCACUUCAACGAGGCCACUUGGCACAUCACAGUUGCCAAGAUAGUUGCCAUUUUCGGGUUUGUGCUUGCUUGCGCUACGCUGAACACGGGCGCGAGAUAUUUUGCCAUGUGCGUCUUUACCAUUGGGACGUACGCCGUCAACUCCAUCUUGCUGGCUUGGGUUGGCAACACCUGUGGCCAAACCAAGCAGAAGAAGGCGUCUGCCCUCGCCGUCGUCAACGUCAGUGCGACGAUCAGCUUUAUCUGGACACCAUAUCUUUGGCCAGCCUCGAAUGCUCCUCGGUACGAAAUCCCCAUGGCAAGCAGCGCUGGCUUUGCGGCCGCCUGCGCGAUUGGUGUUUGGGUUAUGAGAUGGAUGCUGGUCAAGGAGAACAGGAAGAUCAAGCAGAGUGAUUCCGAGGCCGUGCUGUUCUACGCAUAUUAA